UAACAAGAAGAAAAAAGUGCGAGGAUAAGCUUCUUGCCUUACCGGACGACGCUUUUCUUCUCGUCUUCUCCAUCAGGUGGACAACAGCGGAAAAUGGCACAAACGCUAGCAAUGCCUGUGGCGCCUUCUCUGUCUGUUAUUUGCGAUACCCACACUUCAAAUUCGCUUUCAAGAAGCGUCUCUCUCCGAUUCUCGAACCCUUCGAAGGUUCAAGGUCUAAGCAUCCAAUGUGUUCGUGUUGGGGGUGUAGAGAUUCCAAACAACAAGCGAAUUGAGUUCUCACUGCAGUAUAUACAUGGAGUUGGACGGAGCAAAGCUCGGAAAAUCCUGUGCGACCUAAGCAUGGACAACAAAAUGACAAAGGAAUUGACUGAGGAGGAACUCAUCACUCUCAGAGAUGAAGUCUCCAAGUACAUGAUUGAAGGCGACUUGAGGAGGUUCAAUGCACUCAAUAUAAGGAGAUUGAAGGAGAUCCAAUGCUACAGAGGGGUCAGACAUAUUCAGGGCCUGCCCUGUAGAGGACAACGCACCAAGAACAAUUGCCGGACCUUGAAGGGAAAGAAGGUCGCCAUUGCAGGAAAGAAGAAGAAAUGAUUUGCUUCUAUUCCUUUCUGAGAUGAAUUGUUGUUAUGUUUGUUUUUGUAAGAAUCGAUUUGUUGUGCUGAGCCAACAGCACAACUAAAAAUUGUCAUUAGCGUGUGCAUCCACGACUAAAAAUUGUCAUUAGCGUGUGCAUCCACGAUUAGUUUUUGAUGAAUAUCCCGUGAUUUGUUAAAAUUUUCACUUCCCAGAA